AUGCACCGCCUCCACACACACGAGGCUCCGAGCCGUCACGCAUCAAGCCGUUCUCUUCGACGCUGCACCUCCCUCCGACUUGUAGAACCCUCUCUUGCCCUCGUGAUCGAAAUCGUGCUCCUCGAGUCUUCCUUUAGCCCAUUUGAUCACCACCUCGUGUGUACUAGUAGCUGCCUGCCAUCGUGUCCCGAAUUGAUCUUCUGCGGAGGUGCACAUACGCGUGCGGCAGCAGCGAUGGGCGUGCUGGCGAAGCUGCUGUACAUACUCGUGGAGGACGAUGACGAGGGGGAGGAGGAACGCGCGGGGAGUAGUAAACUCGCAGCCGAGGCAGGCGAUACAGGCGGAAAGGGCGCGCGUGCUCCUCCGUCCUCGCCGCGUGCGGCGGUGCGCUACACCAAGUCGGUGCUGUCCAGCACGCUGCAGCUCGUGGGGUGCAAGUCAAGGCACGCCGUCAAGAUCAGCGAGCGAGUCUUUCAGAUUCUGCUGCAGCAAGUCACCAGCCGGCGAGUUUUCGGCCAUCGGACGGACGUGGCGCACCGAUCACGCAUGGCAAACGGAUCCGAUGGCAUCCAGCGAUUUGCCAGGCCAAACCGAGAAGACUCUGGCGCCGUUCUGGCCACCAGCGCCAGCCAUGUAAUCACAGUUGCCGCGUCGCGGCUGGGCAUGACGACAGGGGUGUCGACGGACUCGCUGCAAAGUGCACAAGGACCCUUGUCGCCCUUAACCUCACGCGCCCUCACCCCUGCCAAUCCCCUGCAGGCGUCGCGGCUGGGCAUCACGAUAGUGGUCUCUUCCGACUCGCUGCGCCACAUGAUGCGCGGCUUCAGCAGUCGUGAGGCCAACCCGCUGCUGUACGCUUCCACGUACCAGGCGGGCGAACACCUCGACCCCACCGCUGUUGCCGACGCCAAGGCGAGGAAGAAAGCUAGCAAGCUGGGAGGGAAGCACAGUGGCGCACAGGCGGACACACAGGCUGCAGCAGCACAGCGAGACUGGCAAGGCGGCCGGGAGAGGGGGCUGGCAGCUGGGGAGGUUGGGGGGCAGGUGGGGCUGAGAGAGAUGCAGGGCGGUGUGUGUGUGGGCUCUGGUGAGAGGGGAGGAGAGGCAGGAGUGGGUUCACACGAGGGGGUUCGGCUGGGGGAAGGGCGGGUAGGCGGGGAAGGGAACCGCGGGGGAGGAGCUGUGACGACAGGGGGAGGUGGGGGUGGGAGGGAGGAGAGGGAGAUGGGAGAGGCGGUUUGGGACGGGCGGACGAGCGUGACAGGGUUGGAGAGGGAGAGGAAUGGGGAAGGAGGUGACGAGGGUAGGAGAGACUUGGAGAGUGGGAGGGAUGCUGUGAAUGGGAAGGAGCCAAUGAGUGAGAAGGAAGUCGUGAGUGAGAGAGAGGGAGUGAGUGAGAGGGAGAUGGUGAUUCAGGGGUACAAGGCGCAGAGUGAGAUGGUGAUAGGCAGUGUGGAGCAGCUGUUGUGCAAGUGGGAGCGCUGCCAUGAGUCCGCCAUGGUGGAGGGCGUUCACCUCAGCCUCAACUUCGUGAUGGAGGUGUUGAAGCGGCACCCCACGAUCAUCCCCUUUGUGAUCUACAUCGGCAACGAGGCGAAGCACAUGGAGCGCUUUGCGGUGCGCGCCAAGUACAUGACGCUGGACCCGCGGCGCAACAAGUACGUGCGCUACAUGCGCAACAUCCGCACCAUUCAGGACUACCUUGUGCGCCGCGCCGACAAGCACCUGAUCCCUAAGGUGAACAACACGAACAUGGACAAGAGCGUGGCGGCCAUUCACGCCACGGUGUUCGCGUGCCUGCGGCACCGCGCAGCUGGGGAGAGCAUGUAUAGCCGCACCUCCAACACGCUGCCGCUGCUGCGCCACGAGUACGACGCGCAGUACACCGCGUCGGGGCUCGGCUCCAAAGGCAUGCUCGAUGUCAUCCAGCGGGAGGGCAGCCUCAGGGAGGGCAGUGUGCGCUCGUCUGCCUCUGACCCGCCGGAUUCCCUCUCUGGUCUGCCCACGCGGGCCGUCAGCCUCCCCACAUACGCUUUCGGUGCCGACAGCCGUGCGGUGGGUGCAGGGGAGCCCUACCCGCCUGCUGCUGCCCACACUCGCCUCUCACCCGUCCCACCUGACUUCCCACCUGAUGGCUCUCCACAUGGCUUCCCACCUGGUGCGGAGGCGUCUCAAAGCCAUGGCCCGCCCUCCCUGUCAACUCUGCCCCCCCAGCCGCCGCACUCCUUGCGAGUGUCAGAGGGCAGCGCAGGCAGCACCUCAUGGGGGGCCCCUCUACAAGCAGGCCAGGCUCAUGCGUGCGUGCAUCCAGAGGAGCUGUCAGACGGGUAUGCCUCAGGAUACAGCUCAGCGGUGCCUCCCAGGGGGCCCAGAGACCGCUUUGCUUCCGCAGCAGCGUCGUUUCCAGCAGCGGCGCAGGGGCUUCCCUGGCAGGCAGGGCAUGGCCAGGUGCCACCUCCCCCAGCUGCCGCCAUCCCGCUGCUGAACCUCUCGGAAACCCCAUCGGCUACGGAAGGCUCGCUGGAGUCGCCCAGUGCGCUGCUGAGCUCCGGGGUGAGCGCAUGCUCCACGCCCAGGGUGGGGGCACCUGGUGCAGGCGCAUCUGUGGGGGCAUCUGGGGGCGGCGGUGGCAGCCUGCUGGCGCACAUCCACGUGCGCUUCAGCGGGCGCACGGCCUUCCCUCGCAGCGCUGACGUGGGCAGCAGCAGCGGGGGGGAGGGACUGGCAGAGCGCGAGAGGGAGAGGAGGGCGAGAGGAGGAGGUGCAGCAGCAGCAGCGGGAGUGGUGGGAGGGGUGGGGGCGAUGAGGUGGAUGGGGAUGGGGCGGCUGGCGAAGGCGAUGGACGGGGUGAGGAUGAGCGGGGGAGGGCAGUUUGCAGCGCACAUGCCCAGCUUCUACGGCCCGCCUGCCAGCCGCACGCACGCCCUGCAGAAGAAGGAAGAGGUGUGCCCACUGUGCCUUGUUGUGCGCCUACUGUGCCUUGUUGUGCGCCUACUGUGCCUUGUUGUGCGCCCACUGUGCCUUGUUGUGCGCCUACUGUGCCUUGUUGUGCGCCUACUGUGCCUUGUUGUGCGCCCGCUGUGCCUUGUUGUGUGUUCGCUGUGCCUUGUGUGGCUGCUCUUGCAUCUCGUCUUCUUUCCUUCCUCUAUUCGCCUCUCUUCUCUGACCUCUCUUCUCUGA